GGGGCGGGGCAGGGCGGGGCCGGCGCGCGCGCAGUGUCGCGGGGGCGCGCGGCCUCCCCGUGUCGCGAUGGCCGAGCCAAAGAUGGAAAUCGCCACUCCUCCGACAUCGAAGUGCAUCAUGUACUGGAAGAGGAAGGUCAAGUCUGAGUACAUGCGUCUGCGGCAGCUCAAGAGGUUCCAGGCGAACAUGGGAGCGAAGGCUCUUUUUGUGGCCAACUUUGCGAAGGUUCACGAAAAGACUCAAAUCCUGAAUGAAGACUGGAAGAAGCUGCGAGUGCAGCCGGUGCAGUUGAUGAAGCCAGUCAGUGGGCACCCGUUCCUGAAGCAGUGCACUGUUGAGAGCAUUUUCCCAGGAUUUUCAAGCCAGACACUCUACAUGAGGACCCUGAACACGGUGGCACUGGUUCCCAUUAUGUACUCCUGGUCCCCUCUUCAGCAGAAUUUCAUGGUGGAGGAUGAAACUGUUCUGUGCAAUAUCCCUUACAUGGGCGACGAGGUGAAGGAAGAAGAUGAAACGUUCAUUGAAGAGCUUAUUAAUAACUAUGAUGGGAAAGUCCACGGAGAGGAAGAAAUGAUCUCAGGGUCGGUCCUCAUCAGCGAUGCCGUGUUCCUGGAGCUGGUGAACGCCCUGAAUCAGUACUCGGAUGAGGAGGAGGAAGGACACAACGAUUCUGAGGUGAAACAGGAGGAUGGGAAGGAGGAGCUGCCAGUCACAAGGAAAAGAAAGAGAACUGCAGCAGAAGGCAGCAAGAAGUGUUCCAAGAAGCGCUUCCCCAAUGACAUGAUAUUCACUGCCAUUUCUUCCAUGUUUCCUGAGUACGGCUUUCCAGAGGAUAUGAAAGAGAGGUACCGGGAGCUCACGGAGGUGUCGGACCCCAACGUGCUGCCGCCACAGUGCACUCCCAACAUCGACGGGCCGUGCGCCAAGUCAGUGCAGCGGGAGCAGUCCCUGCACUCCUUCCACACCCUCUUCUGCCGCCGCUGCUUCAAGUACGACUGCUUUCUGCAUCCUUUUCAUGCUACUCCUAAUGUGUACAAACGAAAGAAUAGAGAGACCAAGAUUGAGCCAGACCCUUGCGGCGCGGACUGUUUCCUCUGGCUGGAAGGAGCCAAGGAGUUUGCUGCGCUGCACAACCCCCGGUCCAAGUGCUCAGGCCGGCGCCGCCGCCGGCACCACGUGGUGGGUGCGUCCUGCUCCAGCACCCCAGCAGUCACCGAGACCAGGGAGGGGGACAGCGACCGGGACACGGGCAACGAGUGGGCCUCGAGCUCCUCGGAGGCCAACUCCCGCUGCCAAACCCCCACCAAGCAGAAGCUGAGCCCGGCCUCCUCCCAGCUGUUUGCAGUGGAGACGCCACAGGAGCCUGUGGAGUGGACGGGAGCUGAGGAGUCGCUCUUCCGCGUCUUCCACGGGACCUACUUCAACAACUUCUGCUCCAUUGCCAGGCUGCUGGGGACAAAGACCUGCAAGCAGGUCUUUCAGUUUGCCGUGAAGGAAUCACUUAUAACGAAACUGCCAACAAAUGAAUUAAUGAACCCAUCCCAGAAGAAGAAAAGGAAGCACAGGCUGUGGGCUGCACACUGCAGGAAGAUCCAGCUGAAGAAAGAUAAUUCACCAACCCAGGUGUACAACUACCAGCCCUGCGACCAUCCGGAGCAUCCCUGUGACAGCUCCUGCCCUUGCAUCAUGACUCAGAAUUUCUGUGAGAAGUUCUGCCAGUGCAACCCUGACUGUCAGAACCGCUUCCCGGGCUGCCGCUGCAAGACCCAGUGCAACACCAAGCAGUGCCCCUGCUACCUGGCUGUGCGGGAGUGCGACCCCGACCUCUGCCUCACCUGCGGCGCCUCGGAGCACUGGGACUGCAAGGUGGUCUCCUGCAAGAACUGCAGCAUCCAGCGAGGCCUCAAAAAGCACUUGCUGCUGGCCCCGUCGGACGUGGCUGGCUGGGGCACUUUCAUCAAGGAGGCCGUGCAGAAGAACGAGUUCAUCUCCGAGUACUGCGGGGAGCUCAUUUCCCAGGACGAGGCUGACCGGCGAGGAAAGGUCUAUGACAAGUACAUGUCCAGCUUCCUCUUCAACCUCAACAAUGAUUUUGUUGUUGACGCCACCCGCAAAGGAAAUAAAAUCCGCUUUGCUAACCACUCAGUGAACCCCAAUUGCUAUGCCAAAGUUGUAAUGGUGAAUGGAGACCACCGGAUUGGCAUCUUCGCUAAGAGAGCCAUCCAGGCAGGAGAGGAGCUCUUCUUUGACUACAGGUACAGCCAGGCAGAUGCUCUGAAGUACGUUGGCAUAGAGAGGGAGACAGACAUCAUCUAGGCCCGGGGGUGGUCCCGGCACACCUUGCUGCUGCACCUUGUAAGCAAUGCCAUGUUUGCUUCACGCUGACAUGACUGCUGCUGUUCCCACUGCUGUGUGUGUCACAAGUGCUACUUUCCAUCCAGACACCCAGAGAGACUCGGGGCAGGAGUGUGAGCAGUGCCUGUGCCCCAGCUGCUGUCCCAAGGCGGUUUCCCCUCUGCCCCAGCUGGCUGGGCCACAGGGACCGCCCAGCCAUGGCUGGAGUGGCACCAAGGGAUACCUGGGGAUGGGAGAGCAGCACUAUGCAACACGUCACUUUGAAUAGGGAUGCCACUGAGCUGGGUAGAGACAAUGUUAAAGUCAGUGCCCACGGUGACCCAGGGAAGGCUCCUCAGAAACCUGCCUUGGGCUUUGUGAUCCCCUGGCCCUGGGGAUAAAGGGGAAAUAUUCUCUGGCAGGGUGAGGUUUGGCCUUAGCACCCAAUGCAAAAAGGAAAGAAAAAAGCACUUUAAACUAAUCCUCAGCUGGUGGCUGGGCCCUGUGUUUCAUGCAGGGUGUGGAGGGACUGCAGGCAUCCCAGGGGGCCUGCAUCCGUCAGCACCUUUGCAGGGACAUCGCUCCAGGCUUGGGACAGGGCAGCCUGAUGGGGCCUGGGGUGGCCUGAAGGUUGGAGCCACAUGUGCUGCCAGCUGCCUGCCCAGCCUGGUGCUGGGUGCUGGACCAUGCUCUGCCCAAUGUCCAGGGCUGGGUUCCCAGGAUGUGUGGUACAUGAACACAAGAGAGGUGCUGGCUCUGCCUGGGAGCCAAGCCCUCCCUGGCCCAGCCCUCACCACGCCUUCCCAGUCCCCUGCCAGGGCAGGCCAGGCUGUCUGUCCGUUCUUCCCACUGUCCAUGAUGCCCUCCUGGAGCCUGGAGGUGUUUGGGUCUGUCUGGAGCAGUGCUUGUACCCCAGCACCUGCCUGAGCCCCUCUCCCUGCCGCCUCCGUCUGCCUGGCUCCCCUCAACCCUGCUCUCGGCUCAGCGUCUUCUGCCACUUCGGCCAUAGCUGCACUACGCCAGGCUUUUGUCUGUGGUUUGUUGACGGUGAAUAAUGGUAAUAAUAAUGCACUUUAAAUAACGUGGCUUGUAGCCUUUGUCAUAAUAAAGUGGUAGCAAAGACCCUC